CAACAGAGACUCCCUUCACCCUCUUCUCUCUCUCUCUCUCUGGGGUAUGAUCGAGUGCUGAAACGGCGGAGAGACCUGUCGUUUUGGGUGUGCUUUCGCCGGCUGUGGUUCGCUGAAGGAGGGCGAGAUGUCGAGUCUCGAGGAUAUCAAGAACGAGACCGUUGAUUUGGAAAAAAUCCCGAUCGAGGAAGUCUUCCAACAGCUAAAAUGUUCCAGGGAAGGUUUGUCAUCGCGGGAAGGAGAAGAAAGGCUUCAAAUCUUUGGCCCCAACAAGCUGGAAGAGAAAAAGGAAAGCAAAAUCCUGAAGUUCCUUGGUUUCAUGUGGAAUCCCCUUUCAUGGGUCAUGGAAGCUGCUGCCAUCAUGGCCAUUGCUUUGGCCAAUGGUGAUGGUAAGCCGCCGGACUGGCAAGACUUUGUCGGUAUCAUCUGUUUGCUGGUUAUCAACUCAACCAUCAGUUUUAUUGAGGAAAACAAUGCUGGUAAUGCCGCUGCUGCUCUCAUGGCCGGUCUUGCUCCUAAAACCAAGGUGCUUAGGGAUGGAAAAUGGAGUGAACAGGAAGCUGCUAUUCUUGUUCCGGGAGAUAUCGUCAGCAUCAAGCUGGGAGACAUUAUCCCGGCCGAUGCCCGUCUUCUUGAGGGUGAUCCCUUGAAGGUGGACCAGUCUGCUCUAACUGGAGAAUCACUUCCUGUCACCAAACACCCGGGUGAUGAAGUUUUCUCAGGUUCGACCUGCAAACAGGGAGAAAUCGAGGCCGUUGUUAUUGCCACUGGUGUUCACACCUUCUUCGGUAAAGCUGCCCACCUUGUGGACAGCACUAACAAUGUCGGGCACUUCCAGAUGGUCCUUACAGCCAUUGGGAAUUUCUGUAUCUGUUCUAUUGCUGUGGGAAUGGUGAUCGAGAUCAUUGUCAUGUACCCGAUCCAGCACAGGAAAUACAGAGAUGGAAUCGAUAACCUUUUGGUCCUCUUGAUCGGUGGUAUCCCCAUCGCCAUGCCUACUGUGUUGUCUGUCACCAUGGCUAUUGGGUCCCACAGGUUGUCUCAGCAAGGUGCCAUUACCAAGCGUAUGACCGCCAUUGAGGAGAUGGCCGGAAUGGAUGUCCUCUGCAGUGACAAAACCGGGACACUUACCCUCAACAAGUUGAGUGUUGACAAAAACUUGAUCGAGGUUUUUGCAAAGGGUGUGGAGAAAGAUCAAGUCCUCUUAUUUGCGGCAAGGGCCUCUAGAGUAGAGAACCAAGAUGCCAUUGAUGCAGCCAUGGUCGGAAUGCUUGCUGAUCCAAAAGAGGCACGAGCCGGGAUCAGGGAGGUUCACUUCCUUCCGUUUAAUCCUGUGGACAAGAGAACUGCUUUGACUUACAUCGAUUCUGAUGGUAACUGGCACAGGGUCAGCAAGGGUGCUCCCGAGCAGAUCCUUGAUCUUUCCAAAGCCAGGGAUGACCUUAGGAAGAAGGUGCAUGCUGUUAUUGACAAAUACGCUGAGCGUGGGCUUAGGUCAUUGGCAGUUGCUCGUCAGGUGGUGCCAGAGAAAACAAAGGAAAGCCCUGGUGGUCCAUGGGAAUUUGUUGGCUUGUUGCCUCUUUUCGACCCUCCAAGACAUGACAGUGCAGAAACCAUCAGGAGAGCUCUGAAUCUCGGUGUUAAUGUCAAGAUGAUCACUGGUGACCAGCUUGCCAUUGGUAAGGAAACUGGUCGUAGGCUCGGAAUGGGAACCAACAUGUAUCCAUCUGCUACUUUGCUCGGUCAGGACAAGGACUCUAACAUUGCAUCCAUUCCCGUCGAGGAGUUGAUCGAGAAAGCUGAUGGGUUUGCUGGCGUCUUCCCAGAGCACAAAUACGAAAUCGUGAAGAAGCUGCAGGAGAGGAAGCACAUUGUUGGGAUGACGGGUGAUGGUGUAAAUGAUGCUCCUGCUCUAAAGAAGGCAGAUAUCGGUAUUGCUGUUGCUGAUGCCACAGACGCGGCCCGGGGUGCUUCGGAUAUUGUUCUCACCGAACCCGGUUUGAGCGUUAUUAUCAGUGCCGUUCUCACUAGCCGGGCCAUUUUCCAGAGAAUGAAGAACUAUACCAUUUACGCUGUCUCAAUUACUAUCCGUAUUGUGUUUGGUUUCAUGCUUAUUGCUCUCAUAUGGAAAUUUGAUUUCUCAGCAUUCAUGGUUCUGAUCAUUGCAAUUCUUAACGACGGUACCAUCAUGACUAUCUCGAAAGACAGAGUCAAGCCAUCUCCCACACCCGAUAGCUGGAAACUCAAAGAGAUUUUCGCUACCGGAGUUGUGCUCGGAGGCUACUUGGCUAUCAUGACCGUCAUUUUCUUCUGGGUGAUGUACAAGACCGAUUUCUUUUCGGACAAAUUCGGUGUGAGGUCUAUCAGGAACAGCCCGGAUGAGGUAAUGGCCGCUUUGUAUCUACAAGUUAGUAUUAUCAGUCAAGCUCUAAUCUUUGUCACGAGGUCGAGGAGUUGGUCGUUUUUGGAACGUCCCGGGCUGUUACUGGUGACUGCCUUUCUUAUUGCACAAUUGAUUGCAACUUUCAUCGCGGUGUAUGCCGACUGGGGAUUUGCUAAGAUUAAGGGCAUCGGAUGGGGAUGGGCCGGUGUGAUCUGGCUAUAUUCUCUGGUGACAUAUUUCCCAUUGGACGUCAUGAAAUUCGCCAUCCGAUAUAUCUUGAGUGGAAAAGCCUGGACCAACUUGUUCGAGAACAAGACCGCUUUCACGACGAAGAAAGAUUACGGUAAAGAAGAGAGAGAGGCUCAAUGGGCGCUGGCGCAAAGGACAUUGCACGGUCUUCAACCAAAAGAGCAGGUUAACAUCUUCCCCGAGAAAGGAAGCUACAGAGAAUUGUCAGAGAUAGCAGAGCAAGCCAAGAGAAGAGCCGAGAUUGCGAGGCUUAGGGAGCUGCAUACACUAAAGGGUCAUGUGGAAUCAGUGGUGAAGCUGAAGGGACUGGACAUUGACACUCCUGGACAUUACACCGUUUAGACAAGAAGGAUGACCCUUGUUCUCUUCUUCUUCUUCUUCUUAAUCUCUAAGGUUAUAUGAUCGGAAGAGAACUUUGUUCAUUGCCAUAACUCUUCCAAACCUCUCUUGCCUUUGAAGAAAACGGAGGAUGUCUCUGCUGUGUUUUGACUCACUCUUCUUAGCUCUUAUUCGAUGAGCCAUUGUAAUUUUUGCACUCUUCACAAGUCUUUUUACAUGCAAUAACAUGAUGAUGAUGAUGAUGAUGAUGCUUUUGGGUGAA